AUGCUUUCUUCGAACCAUCCUCAUCACAGUGAUGAUGAUGAUGAGAAUGAACAACCUCAAGUGGUUGAAGAUGAAAAUUCUUCUUUCAAGGGUUACAUUAAAAUUGAUUCCUCGAAUAAGAAUUGGGAAAAUUUAGAUUCGAAACAAACAAAACUCUUCAAAAAGACCAAAUGGAUCAUAACGGAGAAAGUUCAUGGCGCCAAUUUUUGUUUUCGCUUGUCCAAAAGAAGGAAGGAAACAAGCCUUCUUGAAGAAACAACACUCUCUACUCUAUCAACCACAACCACCACAACACCAACCACAACGAUUACCACUCCUCCUCUCCUCAACAUUGAAUGUGCCAAAAGAAAAUCACUUUUAAAAGAUUCCGAUUCCUUCUUUUACUUUCAAAAAGUGAAAGAGAGAUUACAACCAGUGAUGCAACAGCUCUUUCAAUUAGUCGAAGAAAAAUUCAGCACCAGCAGUAGUAGUAAUAAUAAUAAUAACAACUACACCAGUAUGAAUAAUAAUGAAAAUAAUCUUCGACAUGUCUAUAUAUUUGGAGAAUUAUUUGGCGGUUAUUAUCCAAACAUGCCUCAAUUACCUGGAAUUGAACAACCUAUUCAAACUGGAAUUUGGUAUUCGAAUGAUAUUGAAUUUUAUGCCUUUGAUAUUGCCAUUGAAUUCAACAAGCCACAAGAGAAUACAUGCCAGCCAACCUUUGUGGAUUAUGAAACAUGUUUGGAAAUAUUUUCAAAAUGUAAUUCACAAUUAUCUUGUCAGAAAACUCAAUUAUUAUUAUAUGCUGAACCUUUGUUUAUUGGAUCUUAUGAAGAUUGUAUGGAAUAUAAUAUUAAAUUUGAGAGUAAAAUUCCAAAGAAAUUAGGAAUGCCAUCGAUCAAGGAAGCUAAUAAUUAUGCAGAGGGAGUGGUGAUUAAGCCUUUGAAAGAAAUAUUUAUUUCUAAAAAAGGAAAAUUAGAAAGAGCCAUCAUUAAGAGGAAAAUUCAAGAAUUUUCAGAAAAGAAAUAUGAACAAGCUCAAAAGUGGAGUUCUAGUAAUGCAACCUCUUCUGAUCCAAACUCUAAUUUUGAGUUUAUCAAGUAUGAGGCCUUGUCCUGUGUGACUGAGAAUCGAUUGAAUAAUGCCAUUUCUAAAAUUGGAAUGAUUAAUAAGAAUGACAAGUCACAAAUGAAUCAAUUAUUGAAUGCAUUUGUUCAGGAUGUAUUGGAUGAACUCAAAGAAACCAAUUUGGAAGGUUAUGAUCAACUUGAUACAUCUCAAUUGAAAGAAUUGAAUGAUUUAAUUGUUUUGGAAUGUAAAAAGACAAUAUAUGGUCAUUUCAAAAAGAUCAUGAAAUAA